UUUGAAGUGUCAAACAUUAACUGCGGCCAACUUAACUCAACAUGUCCUUUCUUCCGGUUCUCUCUGUCAAGCAAGAUGCCCGGCGUUACUGUAAAAGAUAUUGAUCAACACGCUUGCGUCAAGGCUGUUGCCAGCUUCUUGAAGAAGACUGGUAAACUAAAGGUCCCCGACCAAAUGGACAUCAUCAAGACAGCCAAAUACAAGGAAUUGGCUCCUUACGAUCCCGACUGGUUCUAUAUCCGUUGUGCUUCGAUUUUGCGUCAUUUGUACCACCGCAGCCCAGCUGGUGUUGGUUCCAUCACCAAGAUCUACGGUGGCCGCAAACGUAACGGUGUCCACCCCUCUCACUUCUGCCGUGCUGCUGAUGGUGCUGCCCGUAAAGCUUUGCAAGCCUUGGAACACGCCCGCCUUAUCGAAAAGCACCCCGAUGGUGGCCGUAAAUUGACCCCAAUUGGCCAACGUGAUUUGGAUCGCAUUGCCAAUCAAAUCGUCACCAAGCAACGUGAAGCUACCAAAGUAGCUGGCCCAAUUGUCAUUUCCGAAAACUAAAGUUGACAAGAGAAAUAAAAAAUAGUUGAUACUUUUUUUUUAACUAAA